AUGUAUCUCUUACCUCACACCAAUCUCUUUUACUUGAAAAUCUUGGACCAAUCUAUCUGCUUUAUGUUCACAAAAGGGCAAUUGUUUUUAGGAUUCAAUGUUGAAACUGUAGAUUAUUGCAACUUGUCCUUCACAGUGUGGGACGCUGGUGGCCAGCAAAAGAUUCGGCCAUUGUGGAAGUACUAUCUGAAUAGUAGUAGUAAGGUAAUUUUCACAUUAGUUCCUCUCAAUGCGGUUAUAUUCGUUGUUGAUAGCGCUGAUAGAGACCGCAUAGGAGAAGCCCGAUAUGAAUUUCGUGCACUUCUCGAUGAACCUGUGCUAAGAGUUAAGUUUAAAGGAAGAUAUCGUUGUCGAUUAUUGCACAAUUUAUUGUAUUUUGCAGAUGCAAAAUUCCUGAUCCUAGCUAACAAGCAAGAUUUACCCAACGCUAUGUCUAGGGGCGAAGUAGUAAAGGGUCUAGAACUGUACAAAGUGAAACGCCAGAAGUGGUACGUGCAGCCGUCCAAUGCCGUAACUGGAGAAGGUCUUGUUGAAGGUUUGGAAUGGCUACAUUCCGUGAUUUCAAAAGACUAA